GGACAGCCGAGAUCUGAUGCCGCAAAAAAUUGUUGUGCGGGUAGACUUGGAACCUGGACCAGUCAAAAUUCUUAUGCGGACACGGCCCCAUAUGAAAAAUAUGAGCACGCCCGGGGGACCUGGAUCCGCCUGCGUAAAAAUUUUUACGUCGAAGCGCUUAAACAAAAUAUGCGGACCCUAACCUCGCCCGCAUAAUAUUCUAUGCGGAAGAAACGUCCGCAUAUGCGUUUCUAUGGUGGGGAAGGGGCCGCGUCCAUAGUCCCAGCGCCGGCGGCGCCUCCGUCCCUUCGUCCGCAACCCCGUCCCCGUCCUAAACUCUGGCAGGUCCUGCCGACGAUCUCAAUGCCUGGGAGCUUGUCGUACGCUUCCACCAGCGCCGGAUCCUCGUCUCGGCCGGCCCCGCUGUCCUCAAAUCUCUCUGGCUCUCCUGCGACCCGAACCAGCUACGCGCCCUCAUGCCAACGCCUCCGACCCCGAUGCCGCAGGUUGACUCCUUCCUCCCGCUGUUCCGGCGACCAAACACCAUCAAACGGCUAGGGUCGGGUCUUUUUGACGGGCCAAGCGCCGCCGGCGAUCGGCGUCGGCUUCGGUGGCGGCGCCCUGGGAGGUGGGGCAGAAGACGAACCUGAUCGAACUAACGGAGCGUCCACGCUCUAUAUGACGCGUUGGAUGGAUCCUUCUUUAUUAUGGUAGAGGUAGGUACCUAGGCCCAGCCGGUACUUCCCAGAGGCGGUGGCCGGAUCUUGCCUCCCUUUCCCGGCACCCGCCAUCCGCCGGAGAUCCUGAUGUCGAUCGAGCUGAAGCUUUCUCGGCCAAGCCGCGUCUAUCGUCCAGGCGAAUCCGUUGAGGGCAAGAUCAUAACUACUCUCACCACCCCCCUCUCCUACCAUAAAAUCCUCGUCACCGUCACCGGAGCUGUCAAUCUACAGGUUCGAGGCGGAGUGGCGGGAGUGAUCGAGUCCUUGUACAGUGCAGUCAAGCCUCUCUGCAUCAUAAAAAAGAGCAUAGAGGUUGCAUCAUCUGCCGGGAAGUUAGCUCCAGGUAGAACAGAGAUACCUUUUUCCUUCAGUUUAAGUUCACAAGAGAAUGGAAAUCAUGGAGCGUUUUAUGAGACAUUUCAUGGUGGAAACAUCAGCAUCCAGUAUCUGAUUACUGCAGAUAUAAUGAGAGGUUACCUGCAUAAAUCUUUGUCUGCUACUUUGGAGUUUAUAGUUGAAAGUGAUAAAGCCAGUCUUGCAGGGCCACCAGUUUCACCUGAAUCGGUUAGGUUUUAUAUUACUCAGGACACCCAGAAACAUCAAUUACUGCCUGAACUGCUUACAGGUCGUUUUCGAAUUACAGGAAAAAUCUUAACUGAAUGUUCUUUAAUGGAUCCUAUUCGUGGUGAGCUUGUUGUUGAAGCAUCUGCUGUUCCUAUACGCUCUAUUGAUGUACAGUUGCUUCGUAUUGAAUCUAUUCUUGCUGGAGAGAGGAUAAUAGCUGACACAUCAGUGAUUCAGACCACACAGAUAGCAGAUGGAGAUGUUUGCAAAUCCCUGACUUUGCCAAUAUAUGUCAUACUUCCCCGCCUUUUGGUGUGUCCCACUGUUCGAGCUGGGAGCACAAAGGGAUGGGUGUGUGAGUGGAACUGUGAUUUCAAAGUGCACAGCACUAUAGGUAGGUCAAAGGUGGGUACUCAAGCCUUUGUGGAGUCGGAGAAUCUUUGCACUUAACAAGAAUGCUUGGCUUGUCAAACAUUUUGAUGCUUAAUUUUGAGUUGUACUGAGGAUGCUGUGUAUUCUAGCAAUAAAAUGAUGCUCAGUGAAAGAAACAUAGUUACUGAUGAUGAUGAUGAUGGAAACUCCAUAACUCUUGGAGCAAGUAGCAUGAGCUAGAUAGUCGUCUGACAGAGUGGAUGAAAUUAAGGAAAAAAUAAUUUGUGUGGUUAAUUUGGGUGUGAAAAAAAAGAUAAAUUGUUAUGUUGAUAUGGGGAGUAGCUGAAAGAAACAAAAGCUCAAAAUUAUGUUGUGUGGGGAAUGGUUGAUAGUAUAUGAGACUCCAUCUGAUGGACUAGCCGUUGUAAAUUUUGAGAAUGGUUUGUUACUAAUUUUUUCUGUGGACAUAGUCAUGGUGGCAAUAAUUCCAAGUGCUGCCUUCAACACUUACAGGAAAAUGCUUCCCAUGACUACAACUUCCAAUAGUUUGCAAAAGACUGGAUAGAUGGAGUCUUUGGGUGAUCAAUAUGCCUGGAAUGAAAAAAAAAAAUCUCAGAUAGCAAAUGUAGCAUUGUUGAUACUGUAGAUUUUUUGUGUGCCUAAAAAGAACCAUCUCCAGGUGCGAAGUAAUGGUCUUUUCAUGUCGUGCCUUAUUUGGGCCUGAGGUUUGAAUAUUUAUGAACUUGAAUGCUUUUGUUGUCCAUAUUGGCAACAUGAUGUCUACAGAAUGGAUUUAGCUUUUGUUGCAAGCAUUGACGAUUGCGCAUAUGUUAAUGACAUAAUUGUCGGAAGUGAAAGUCACAUUUUUGACUUGUCAAGUGGAAAAUAUGAAAAAUUCAACACUUGUCCUUAGUAGGAAACUCUGCAGAGGGGAAAGCUUAUACACAGGGCCAAAAAAAUGAGGUUGUUGAUUCUUUAGCACAAUUGUGAGAAGAUUUUCUUCUCUGUCAUAGACCUUUAUCCGUCAAUUGAGAACCCAAGAAUAUCAAAUUAACAACUAAUAUGCACUCUAAUUGUAAUUUAUACAAUUGUUCUUGCUAGGGUCAAACUAUUGGUAUGCUGUACCGACCCAAAUCGGGCAGUACAGAGCAUACUGUAUCAUACCGGUUUGGUACUGGUAUCCGGUACGGAUGGCAUACCGACACUCAGUAUGCCAAAAAAAAUUUAUACCGUACCAUAUCGACACUGUGCUAGUGUGGCACUGGUACGGGUUUUGGGAUCGAGACGGCGAACCUUGGGUCAAACACAUGGAUAUGGAGCAUCACUUCAAAUUUAAAGAUGUUUUCACUGGAAUUAUAAUAUUUUCAGUAUAUGACGCAUGGAUAAAGAAAUAGGUUCCUUCACCAAAUCAUUCUAAAGGACCUUUUCAGUAAUAAGCUUGAUCUUGAAUAUUGAAUAUAACUUAAAAGGAGUGCUAAUAUGCAAAAAAAUAUAUAUACUUAUUUUUGUGAAUUUCAUUAUUUUUUUAUUAUAUUGUAGCCUCCAUAUUUCUAGGAUGUGAUUGGGUAAUUUUGCAUGAUAAUUCUUCAGGCUUUCAAUCAUGUAAACCAAUUUUGGAACUGUGUGAGCAUAGUACCUUUGUUUUUCUGCUACUAAUCCUGUUUAAGAAAUUAUAUCAUCCAUCUUCCUAUAUUGGAAGUCCUUUCAACAUCCCAUGUUUGCAUGGAAAAACUAGUGUGGCCCUUCUUUACAGUAUAUUGGAGCUCUAUUACCUCUUCCCCGGCAAAGUUCAUGCCGCCCAUGGUAUAAAAGUUCAAAUCACAGUAACCUCAAUCCAAAAGGUGCAUUUCAUUCAAACUGUUUCAUACAACCAAAAUACACAAAAAAAAAAGAGAUUUGAGGUAAACCAUGACGUAGGGAAAGUUAAUAAAACAAUGCAGAAAAAUUAUGAGGCAUCCUUCAAACAUCAUAAUAUAGUAUGAGUAUCUAUUAAUUUCAUUACAAUAUUUUAAAUUUCCGUUUCAUCGUAUGCAUGAAGUAAUAAUAUUUUGAAGAGUAAUAAGCCUCUAUUGUUUUUACUGAUUAUCUCAAGAUCCCUAAGAAGAGCUGUUAAAUCCUAAUAAGAAACAUUAUAUCAUCUCUAAGAGAUGAUAAACAUUUGAUGACGAAAUUUGAAAAAGAAUGAUGUUAAUAAAUACAUAAAAUCAAACUAUCUAUCUGCAAUCUUCAUUACUUCUUUUUUUUU